AUGGAACAAAAUCUUGAUAUCGUUGAUCUCAAAGAUUGGAUAAAAACCGAUGAAGACAUUGAGAUUAUUCCACUUAAUCAACGUUAUGAAGACCCUGAUUCAAUGAUAAACCAGUGCCGUAGCACAGAACCUAUUGUUGAUAAAACCAUUCUCGGUGAUCUUCAACGUGAAUUCGGUACUCCACCAUCUUCUCAAUUAUCUAAAGUAGUUCGAGCAAUUGAAAAAUCAAAUCCAUUCAUACUCGUACCGGUACACAAAUACAAUGACAGGACUAAACAAUUAUUCUUAGAUUCUGGACUAAAUGAACUACAAAUAAGGCGCAUAAAAAAUAUUUCUCAAAAUAUUUUACGCCGAUCAUUAUAUGGCGUGUUAUUUUUACAAGAUGGGAAGUUCUUUGCAAAAAAGCCAAACAGAGUGAAUAUUCGGAAUACUAUCAUAUCUUAUUCAACAUUAAAACCCGAUGGAAAUCUAGAAAGUCCAUGGGAUUCAGUUGUAUAUGCUACAAAGAGAUGCAUAGAAUAUCGGAAUAAUGACGAUGACGAUUGGCAAUUAUUUGAUAUGGACCAACAUAUUGAUGAUAAUGAACGUUCACACUAUUUAGAAUGUUUAGUAAAAUAUUUAUUCCCUGUCGGAUUGGUUCAAUACACCGGUCUAUUUAUCAUACGUUUAAAACCAAAUAUUCAAAUUCGAAUAGCUAAAACGUAUUCAAAUUUUAUGCGUGGAGAUUGGCUUCCAUUAAAUGUAAAAUACAACCAACACAAGUUUUAUAGACUGUAUCCAUUUAUCCAAUAUCUUCAACAACAUCCUGAUUUUGCAUGA